CGGUGCAGGUGACGUGUGAUGUCUCUGUUCUCAGGUACUCCACUGAGGCCCAUCACUCCGGCGAAGAUAUCAGAGGAAGGUGACGAUGUUUUAGGAGACUACACUGUUGGUGAACAUGUCUGGGUGAACGGCGUCAAACCUGGAGUCAUCGCCUACCUCGGGGAGACCCAGUUUGCCCCCGGACAGUGGGCUGGGGUAAUACUGAACGACCUAGUUGGCAAGAAUGACGGGUCAGUGGGCGGCGUGCGCUACUUCGAGUGCCAGCCCCUCCAGGGCAUCUUCACCCGCCCCUCCAAGCUCACCCGCCAGCCGGUCGGAGAGGGGAGCGACGGCCACUCCACCGACUCCACACAGAAUCAGAGUCAGCAGGGAGGCAGCGGCGCCCCUGCUGGCCAGAGGGUGGUGGUGCCGCUCAGGGAGGGGCUCCUCAAUAGUGCGGUGAAAACAGGAAACGAGUCGGGCUCUAACUUGUCGGACAGCGGGUCUGUGAAAAAAGCUGGAGAUAAAGACCUGCGUGUUGGAGACCGAGUUUUGGUGGGAGGCUCUAAGAUGGGCGUGAUCCGAUACAUGGGGGAAACUGACUUCGCUAAGGGGGAAUGGUGUGGAGUGGAGCUGGAUGAGCCCCUGGGAAAGAACGACGGAGCAGUUGCUGGUACAAGAUACUUCCAGUGCCUUCCAAAGUUCGGCCUCUUUGCACCCAUCCACAAGGUGAUCCGCAUCGGCUUUCCCUCCACCAGCCCGGCCAAGGCCAAGAAGAGCAAACGGGUUGCCAUGGGGGUGUCCUCUCUGGCCCACAGCCCCAGCAGCUCCUCCAUCAGUUCAGUCAGCUCGGUGGCCUCCUCUGUGGGCGGACGCCCGAGCCGAGCUGGACUGCUGACGGAGACGUCGUCCCGCUACGCCCGUAAAAUCUCGGGCACCACGGCGCUCCAGGAGGCCCUCAAGGAGAAGCAGCAGCACAUUGAGCAGCUGCUGGCCGAAAGGGACCUGGAGCGAGCUGAGGUUGCCAAGGCAACCAGCCACAUCUGCGAGGUGGAGAAGGAACUGAGCGUCCUCAAAGCGCAACAUGUACAGUAUGUCGCUGAAAACGAGAGCGCCAUGCAGCAGGUCCAAACCAUGCUGGCCAGCACACAGAAAGACAAGCUGGAGCUGGUCAAUCAGCUGGAAGAGGAGAAGAGGAAAGUGGAGGACCUCCAGUUUCGAGUGGAAGAGGAAUCCAUCACCAAAGGAGACCUGGAGGGAAGGCGCAGUCAUGUUGCAGAAUCCUUGAGGUUGGGCAACAGAACCAAGCAAACCACAGUAGAAGAGCAGAGUCGCAUCAUGCAGCUGGAGCGGGAGCUCGCCCUCCGCCAAGCUGAGGUCCAGGACCUCCAGGGUCAGCUUAGAAGAGUCGACGCAAACUCCCAGCAAGACGCGGCGGGGACCGGCGCCCAACCGGAGACCCUCCUCCUACGCGAGCAGCUGCUGACGGCGGGCCGUGAGCACCACAAGGAGAGCAGCGAGCUUAGAGAGAAGUACGAGGCGGCUCUAGCGGCCAGCCAGCGGGAGAUCGACUCUCUGAGGGCGAUCGUGGAGAAGCAGAGCGUGGAGAUUGGCGAGAUGAAGCAGAAAGUCCAACAGGCCACCAAGGAGAACGUGGAAAUGAUGGACUCCUGGAAGGCUAAGUUCGACAGUUUGGUCGUCGACCAUCAGCGAUCGCUGGAGGAGCUGAAGGCAUCAUGGAGCAGAGGUCGGUCUGCUCCACAAGGCCAGGAGCAGGACGCCCAGGAGCUGAGGACCACCCUGGAGAGCCUGAAGAUGGAGCACCAGCUGGAGGUGGAGAACCUAAAGGCCAAACACAAGAUCGAAGCCGCCGUUCUGACCAAGGAGCGCGAGGACCUCUGCGCCCGACUUCAGGAGGCCAGGGAGCAGCUGGCUGAAGGAAGGUCCGACCCGGAAGCUCAGAGCAGCAAGGCGGCACUGAACGAAGCCUCCCAGAAGCUGCAGAAGGCGGAGGCUCGGCUGGCGGAGAUGGAGAUGCUCCAGGUGGAGCGGAACAAAACCGCGUCAGAGCUGCGAGACCGACUGGAGCUGUCGGAGAAGAAGAUGACAGAUUACCAGGCUCUGCAGAAGGCCCAGGCCGAGAGCCGGGAGGAGAUCCAGAAGCUGGAGGAGAAGCUGAGGGUGAUGGCGAACAAGCUCCAGGCUGCGCAGGCAGACCGCAUCCAACCUCAGGAUGCAAACAUGAUAGAAGAUAAUCAAAUCUCCGAUGACAAGAUCAAGCUCAAACACAAUAUUGAAGAAACGAUGGAGAAGUUAAUAAAGAGGGAAAAAGAAGUCUCUACACUCACUUCCCAGGUGGAUGCUUUAAAAUCCCAGAUUGGAGCCCUGGAGAGCAAAGUUCGCUGUGGGGAAAAGAAAGCCGAAGCCUUAGCCAAGGAGAAGACGCGCGUAGAGGCCGAGCUUGAAGCCAUGACCAAGAAGUCCCAUGAUGCAUCGGGGCAGCUGGUCAGCAUCAGCCAGGAGCUUCUGAAGAAAGAAGGGAGCCUGAACGAGCUGAGGGUUCUGCUCCUAGAGUCUCACCGCCACUCCCGGGAAGUGGAGAAAGAUCUGAGCCGAGAGGUGCACAAGGCGGAGUGGAAGGUCAAGGAGCAGAAACUUCAGGACGACAUAAAAACGCUGCGAGAAAAACUGCUUCUGCUGGGCCAGGAGCGGUCCUCCCCCGACCACCGGCGCUACUCCAUGCUCGACCCCUCGGCUCUGGACUCUGAGGUGAGCCGCCUGCGCCAGCGGCUCCUCAACACGGAGGACGCCCUGAGGAAUGCCUUGCAGCACAACCAGCAAGUGGACAAGCUUGUCCAGGCCAUGCGUAGACAUCCAGAUAAAAGCCAGGCCACGCCCCCACAACCAGCAACCAUGACAACCAGGAAGCGUUUGCAGGGACAGAGAUAA